AUUUCUUUCUUGUUUCACAUCUAUAUAUUCAAGUACGAGCCAUGUCUUCCGCAUCCCCAUACGGUCCUAAUCCCUCUGACUUCCUCUCUAACGUUAACAAGUUCGAGGUCAUUGAGUCGACCUUGAGAGAAGGUGAACAGUUUGCCAAUGCCUUCUUCACCACCGAAAAGAAGAUUGAGAUUGCCAAGGCCCUUGACGAUUUCGGUGUCGAUUACAUCGAAUUGACCUCUCCUGUUGCUUCUGAACAGUCCAGAAAGGACUGUGAAGCCAUCUGCAAGUUGGGACUCAAGGCCAAGAUCUUGACCCACAUUAGAUGUCACAUGGACGAUGCCCGUGUUGCUGUUGAGACCGGAGUUGACGGUGUGGAUGUCGUCAUUGGUACUUCUCAAUUCUUGAGAAAGUACUCCCACGGUAAGGAUAUGAACUACAUUGCCCAGUCUGCCAUUGAGGUCAUUGAAUUUGUCAAGUCCAAGGGUAUUGAAAUCAGAUUUUCGUCUGAAGACUCGUUCAGAUCAGACAUUGUUGAUUUGUUAAACAUCUACCGUACCGUCGACAAGAUUGGUGUCAACAGAGUCGGUAUCGCUGACACUGUCGGAUGUGCCAACCCUCGUCAAGUGUACGAGUUGGUCAAGACGUUGAAGUCUGUUGUCUCGUGUGACAUUGAGUGUCAUUUGCACAACGAUACUGGAUGUGCUGUGGCUAACGCCUACACUGCUUUGGAAGCUGGUGCCAAGUUGAUUGAUGUCUCUGUGUUGGGUAUCGGUGAAAGAAACGGAAUUACUCCAUUGGGUGCUUUGAUGGCCAGAAUGAUCACUGCUGACAGGGACUACGUUUUGUCCAAGUACAAAUUGCAUAAGUUGAGAGACUUGGAGAACUUGGUAGCUGAUGCUGUGCAAGUCAACAUUCCUUUCAACAACCCUAUCACCGGAUUCUGUGCCUUCACUCACAAGGCUGGUAUCCACGCUAAGGCUAUUUUGGCUAACCCAUCUACCUACGAAAUCUUGAACCCAUCUGACUUCGGUUUAACCAGAUACAUUCAUUUCGCCAACAGAUUGACAGGGUGGAAUGCUAUCAAGUCCAGAGUUGACCAGUUGAAUCUCCAUUUGACUGAUGACCAAUGUAAGGAAGUCACUGCCAAGAUCAAGUUGUUGGGAGACGUCAGACAGUUGAAUAUCGACGACGUCGACUCCAUCAUCAAGGACUUCCACGCCGACUUAGGCACUCCUUCCUUGAAGCCUGUGCAGACCAAUGACAAGGACGUCAGCGAAGAGCCAGCUGCUAAGAAACAAAAAUCAGAAUAAAUGAACGGCAAGUAUCUUUUACUCUGAUUUUUGUGUAAACUAAACUACGAACAAGACCUCGGGCGUCUGGUUUGUUUGCAUUUGGGGAGACCUGGGGUUCUGGGUCUUCAUUUACACGAGUCAUGACAACAAAAUUAAAAGUUGAAAAUUCUAAAAAAAAUUGACAUUCUGAUUAUAUGUUUUACUUCUCCUUGGCCUCUGGCAUUAUCUAUUUAUUUAAUAAAAGAUACUUG